UAGCGGCCAGCGGCGCGCUUCCAGCCUCUUCGCAUCGGUUUCUUUGUUUCUCUUAAAUGUCUCUCUUGGGCUUUUUCAAAGUUUUAAACACAACAGAUCCCUACAAUUGCUCUAUCCGUAGUGUAUACAAUCCUGUUUUUCAUACUUUGUGACUUUAUAACUUCAGCUUUCGCAAGUAGCUGGUUCCUUUCACAUCAGCCGUGACAGCAAUGGCUUCAGGAACAGCACUGAUUUACGAUGAGGAGAUGACCACUCAUAAACUACUUUGGAGUGAUCCUGUUUGUGAUAUUGAAGUGCCAGAAAGACUGUCAUCCUCCUAUGAGCAGCUUAAACGUUACCAUCUUGUGGAAAGAUGUGUCCGUGUACCUGUCAGAGAAGGAAGUGAGGAGGAGAUCCUGUUAGUUCACAGUUCAGAACACUUGGAAGUGGCAAAAAGCACACAGACAAUGAAUGAAGAGGAACUGAAAAGAGUCUCUGGAAAUUAUGAUGCUUUUUUUUUUCAUCAGAACACUUACCGCUGUGCCAGACUAGCAGUAGGAGCAACUUUGCAGCUGGUGGACGCUGUGAUGUCAGGAAAAGUGUGCAAUGGAAUGGCAUUAGUAAGACCUCCAGGUCACCACAGCCAGAGAAAUGCAGCUAACGGGUUCUGUUUGUUUAACAAUGUUGCUAUUGCAGCAGAAUAUGCAAAACUGAAAUAUGGUCUAAAGAGAAUCCUAAUUGUUGACUGGGAUGUGCACCACGGGCAAGGAACUCAGUAUAUAUUUGAAGAAGAUCCAAGUGUUUUGUAUUUUUCCUGGCAUCGCUAUGAACAUCAGGAAUUCUGGCCAUCACUCAGAGAGUCUGAUUAUGAUGCUGUGGGUCUAGGAAAAGGAAAAGGUUUCAACAUAAAUUUGCCUUGGAAUAAGGUUGGGAUGGGAAAUUCAGAUUAUCUUGCUGUGUUUUUCCAUGUGUUGCUUCCAGUGGCUUUUGAGUUUGAUCCGGAACUGGUUAUUGUUUCCUCUGGAUAUGAUUCUGGAAUUGGAGACCCUGAAGGUCAGAUGAAUGCCACUCCUGAGGUUUUUGCCCACCUUACCCACUUCCUUAUGCAGUUAGCUAAUGGAAAGCUGUGUGUCAUCCUAGAGGGUGGUUACCACUUAAAGUCAUUGUCUGAAUCAGUCUGCAUGACUGUAAAAACUUUGCUUGGAGAUCCUAUACCUGAAAUAACUGGAGAAAUGGCACCUUGCCUAAGUGCUGUUGAAUCUAUUCAAAACGUGAGAGCAGCACAUAAACCCUACUGGAAAUGGUUGAUGUAUGAAGAUACAUCAUUUAUACAAAAUUUGAGCACCAAAUCGCACACACUAAAGAAGGCUGAUCCAAGUCCCUCCACAGAACAUGAAUCUAAGAUAAGUAACAACAAUGAAACUGUCAAAGUAGAAAAGUUUUUGGAACUGCACAUGAAAAAUAUUCUAUUUCCAGUGCCUCACAUCAGAACAGCAACAUCUGACUCUAAAGGUUCAGCACAUUUGCUCCCUGUACCUGUUCAUUUGGUGAAGGAAUUGGACAAAACUGAAAUAAAAGCUUUUGUCAGUGGCUUUUAUGCAGACCUUGUGAAAGAGGACAAAACUUUGCUCUCUCUUGGCAGUAUGUUGGCCAUCCUAGAUAAAAUACUUAAGAAGGAGGUGUGCAAUGGGAUUGCACAGUCACCCACAGCUUCUGUUUCUGUUGCUGUUGCACUAAGACAUUCUGUUCGCUUUGGAUUUCAAAGAGUACUUUGUGUAUUUGUUGGAGACAUGCAAAUCAUACCAAACACAGAUGAUGGGAAAAUACUCAUGAUACAUAUUUGUGAGAAAGAGCAGUCUGGAAAGACCAGCUCCAAACACUAUAUUCCUCUAAAUUGGAAACAGGAUGCUGAAGGAAAUGACUUCUUUUCUGCUGUACUUGGAUUCAUUCUUCCUGUAGCAUAUAGUUAUCGACCUGACUUGACAGUAAUAGGUAUUGGACCAAACAGGAGCCUUGGAAUAAGUGGAAUUUUUCUGCUUUUUACUUUACUACAAGGAUUAGCUGAGUCUCGAAUUCUAGCAGUGAUUGAGGACAAAGAGAUAAAUUUAAUGCAAAGUAUAGCCAAAGCAUUAGUGGGUGCUUCUACACCUAACUUUGGAACUUAUAUACCUCCUAGCCAAGAAAAAGCAAAUAAAAUUAAAAUAUUAAGAGACCAGUUUCAGCAGCAAUGGAAAAUGCUUCAGUAUUCAGUAACGGAGGGUAUUUCAAGAAAUUGACUUCAGAAUCAUUUUACAAAGCAGAAGAAAAUAUGUUGCUGUUCAUGUUGCCUUUUAAAUCAUCAGGAAAAGAGAUGUCAGUCUCUAAACAGAAUAAGAGCCAUUUAAAAUUGUCUCCUGUUUUUAAAAUACUUAAAAUCCAUAUCUUCAGCUAGAGGACUGUGCUUGCAAAUUCGAUAUUGGCACUAAUUUAUUCAGGACUGACACUUGAAAACAACUCCUGUACUUCAUUACUGCAAAUUGGGGCCUGUGGCAUUUGUGAUAAUGUAAAGUCAGGCUUUCAUAUGCAGUAAUUUGGCUUUCAGUCCAAAAGACAGGUGAUUGAAAUGAGCAGUCAUAAUACCCAAACAUUUUAACAGUAUUCCACAUAACACCAGAGCCUUUGUACUGCUGCUGCCACCACCAUUUCAUUAGAUGUUUAAACUUAACAACAGGUUCUUCAGAUUUCAUUUAAUUUCAUUUCAUAAUCUGAUUUAAAUGAUUCAUCUAACAUGGUCUAUUUUUUUUUUUAUUUUUUUAAUGAGUAAUGACCAAUUGCAAGAAUAAAGAGAAGCAACUGAACAGUUUAAGUGUAUGCAUGUGAUGAUUUAAGUUUCAUUUCCUGAACUAUACAGAGCACAAGAGAAAAAAAGAAAAAUAUUUUGCAUAUAUAAAAUUACAAAUACAUAAUUGAGAAAAGCAGGGUAAAGACAACUUCACUCUGCCCUCUUUUCUAACAUAAAUUGUCUAUAUAACAAAAACCCCAAACCCCAAGAGAUUUGAUAGCGGCCUAAGGCUGGAAUCACGUGAACUCUCAAAACUAAAUAAACAUCCUGAGGCAAUAAGCGUAGUCUACCUUGUUUUGCAGUGUUCUAGAUAAGAUUUAGAGCUCAUUUUCAAGAGCACUUUGCUGUGAUUGUGACUUCAAUAAUGUGACCUUUUGAUUUCAAACACUCCAAAUUAUGUUUGUACUGGUGUUGCUGCUGGGGUCAACUACAUAAUUUGAUUAACUGUAUCUGUCUUCACAGUUCUCUUUUUGUAGCUGUUCUCAUGACUCCCUUCUUGCUCAUACUGCUUUUCAGUUAUUGCUGGAUGGGAAAUGAUACCCAAUCCUUGAACAUUUUGAAAUAAAAAUCUAUUUUAAAA